CCGAAAGAGCCAGACCCAACGACUACCGCGGCGGGGGCGGGUGGCCAGGGAUCAGUCGGCACCGGGCGCACCGAACGGGCGCGCCUCCAACACGGUCACGUGCGUCGGCCACUCCUCUAGCGCCGGCCUCCCCCGCGCGCCGCUUUCUCCAUUCAUAAAUUCUCCGCCUGCUCCGCGGCCACCCGGUGCCGGAGCCAGCCGGGAACGUCGCGCAAUCGCUCGCCCGCCCGCUGCCCAUGGGCCGCGCGUCCCGGCGCUGAGGCCCCUCCUUCCCACCUCAGAUGCAGCCCACAGCCACCAUGGCCACAGCCGCUGCCACCACUGCCACAAUGGCUCUGACAACAUCCUGGGACAACACCACUGGCCACCCCACGGCUGAGCCUGACCCUAUCCUGGACAACUACGUUCUGCUGGUGGUAGUGAUGUCACUGUUUGUGGGUGGCACACUGGUGGUGCUGUCCGGGGUCCUGCUCCUCUGCAAACGCUGCUGGGAGGUACACCAGCGCUUCAACAGAGCUGUGGAGGAAGCUGAGAAGACCACCACCACUUACCUGGACAAUGGCACCCACCCAGCCCAAGACCCUGACUUCAGGGGGGAGGACCCAGAGGGCCUGGACACAGAGACGGAGCGCUUCUUGUCUGCCAGCGCCACUGGCCGCAGGGUCUCCUUCAACGAGGCGGCCCUAUUUGAACAGAGCCGCAAGACACAGGACAAGGGCCGUCGGUAUACCCUGACAGAGGGGGACUUCCAUCACCUGAAAAAUGCCCGCCUCACCCACUUGCACUUGCCACCCCUGAAGAUUGUCACCAUCCAUGAGUGCGACUCAGGUGAGGCCAGCUCGACUGCUACUCCCCACCCAGCUGACACCCCCAAGGCCAGCCUUGCCAUCUUCCAGCCCCCGGGGAAGGCCCUCACUGGCCGCUCUGUGGGCCCCAGCUCCGCCCUGCCAGGUGACCCUUACAACUCAGCUGCAGGCACCACCGACUUCGCAGAGAUCAGCCCCUCAGCAUCUAGUGACUCCGGGGAAGGCACCUCGUUGGAUGCAGCUACCAGGAGCACCAAGGCUGGUGGCCCAGGGGCUGCUUCAGGGCCCAGGGAGGUGAGCCCAGGCUCUGGGGCAGGUACUGUAUUACAGUUCUUCACCCGCCUGCGCCGCCACGCCAGCCUAGAUGGGGCCAGCCCCUAUUUCAAGGUCAAGAGAUGGAAGCUGGAGCCCAACCAGCGGGCGGCCAGUCUGGAUACCAGAGGUUCCCCCAAGCGGCAUCACUUCCAGCGGCAGCGGGCAGCCAGUGAGAGCAUGGAGCAGGAGGGGGACACCCCCCACACGGACUUCAUCCAGUACAUUGCCCGUGCAGGCGACGCAGUGGCCUUCCCGCCCCCCCGCCCCUUUCUGGCCAGCCCCACCAGCCCGCCCCCCUCUCUCGGCAGGUAUUUUUCAGUAGAUAGAGGUGCUAGGGGUGGACCUGUGGGCCCCUGCUCCGCUCCGCCCCACCCUAGGCGACCUAGGGAGCACUCUCCCAACCCUGUGGAUACGAAUUCACUUCCCUCCAGCAGCAAGGCCCCUCCCAGAGGCUGACUCACUGGGGCCAUCUCUGCAGCAUGGACCAGAGGAGGGAAACAGGGAGAGAUUGGGUAAGGGUAGGAGGGUGGUGGGGGGCCCCAGAUGAUGGCUCCAAGUUCCCCAAUACAAGAUACCACCUGCCCAGGCAGUGCCCUCAGAGAUACAUACCCAGCCUGGUACUGCCACUUCCUGAUAGAGUCCAAAGCUUUAAGGGCUUUUCCCACCUAUCUCUGCUCCUGAGGCCUGGGCAGUCCCUUCUCAGACACUGUUAGGAUCAAUUUUGCCAGCUGUAUCUGCUCUCACAAUCUCCAGGGCCCACAUGAGUGGGAUGAGGGAUGAGACCCCAAGAACAAAGUAGGGUUCCUUGGGCAGCUCCUGGUCUCGGGAAACAGUCCUUGCUUUUGUGUGUCAUCCUUGAAUCCCUUUUCCAUGAUGGGUAGGUGAAGAGUCCUACCUGCCCUGGAGUAGGGGCUGAGCUAGACUCAACCUGGUCUGCUUAUCCUGUACUGCUCCUAUCUCCA